GGCGAUGGCGGCUGUCACUGCUAAACCCAUCCUGUUCCUCGAUGAAAACCAGUAUUCAAAUUUUGAGUGGAUUGGUGAGAGCCAGGAUGGGUCUCUGCUGUGUCGGUGGGAGGAGGAGGUGCUGGUGAAGGCCCCGGCGGAGGGCGGAGGGGAGGGUGGGCAACAGGGAGCCACCAGUUCCCUCGCCUUUGCUACACAAGUUGCGAUUGCCUCUCCAGACCUACAUUCUGCACAGGUCUUAUACACAUUUGACAAGGUUGUGCCUGUUGUGCAAGCCUCUGUCAAUGCCUCCAGGACCCUGCUAGCCUUUGUGACGCGUCGCAGCGUUGGCGAGGCCAACAAGUAUGCCGCUUACGUGAGUGAGAUAGCACCUCAGGGCGGUGUCUUCUCCCUCAACAUAGACUGCUCAAGGCAAAUUAUGCUUGAAUUCUUGCAUACAGAAGAAACAGGAAAGCCUCUUGGGGACAGCUGGAUUGCCAAGCUGUUGGUCUUUGUGCACAGAGAGUCCAUUGCCAUUUAUUCUUUCCCGCUGAGCUUGAGGGAUGAAGGCUCAUGGGUGGUGGAGGACCAGCCCCUCACCGAGUCAGUGGUGCGGUCCUUUGUGUGGGCUCAGUGGGAGCCUCGCCACAAUCACCUCUACUACCUGCACUAUCGCCCUCCCCCGGAAGCUGGUCUCACCCUUGGCUCAGGAGAAACAGAGGAAGAUGCACUUCGGCCCCGACCAAUGCUAACAGCCCUUCAGUUUCACCCGGGAAAGCCUCACGAGACUGUGCUAAAUGUUCCUCUGGAGCUAUCUGGACUGGAGCACUCUCCUCUAGACCUGAGUGGGGAUUACCGUGACCAAGGGCUGCUUCACUCAGUGGGGGAUGCCUGGUUGGACCUGCGAGUGGUCACCUCUCCUUCAGGUGCUGUUUGCAUCUGCCACCACUAUAUUUACAAGUCAAGGUUAGCCGAGACGCCGGCUGACCCAGAGAGCUGUGCUGUGUACUUGGCCUACUCAGUAACCCUGCUGCACCAUGGCUGUGUGCUGCACACGGUGGUUCCAGGGGUUCCUUGGGGACAUGCCCACUCAGCUCUCCCCACCUACUCCCUGUUUGGAGAGCACUACCUGCUGGUCAUCGUGCCGGGGGUGUGUAUGCACAUGCUGGACAUGGGUCUUGACCACAUGCCCAAUAAUCACAUUGUCACAACACCUCCUCCACAGCUGCUGCCCAACGCACAUCUUUUCCAGAUUGUCGGAGGCAAAGUUCUCUCAGGCCGCAGCAUCACCUUUGUGGAUGGGGUCAACCAGAUGACAGUAGAGGUGCGAGUGACCAAGGAGUCUCUCUUCUCCCUGUUCAAGAGCUCCACCAUCCUGAGCACCCGCCUGGCCAUCCUCCACCUGGCUGCGGUUCAUGAUAAGGACCAUGAUUUGUCCCGCAAGCUGAUGUGGAAUGUCUGUGAGGACCCUCACAACCUGGACACCCCCUCGCUGCUGCAGGAGUACCUGGUGGGGGAGACUUAUGCCGCUGUCCACAAGCACAUUGACUCAGAUGCUUCUCACCUCCUAUCCCUCCUGCCCAUUACCACUGCUCCCUUCACUACUGACACAGAGUAUAUUGAGUCUCCUGUUGAAGAAAAUGUGCGCAUUUCUUACUGCCUCUUGGAGAAUGCCUGCAUAAUGCUGCUGUCUCCAAGAGAGAGGGUCGUGCGGUCCCUCUCGGACACCUGGACCAAGCUGUGGGAGCACACCACCACCCGCCACCACCAGCGAUUCUCUCUCACAGAUGUGGUCGAGAAACUUAUGGUUUCCCUCGACACAUAUAAGCCUGAAGCUCUGUCCCAAGGCAGUACUCCUGUGUCUCCAGCCAGCCCUCUGGUGGGAGGGCUGACAAUCACAUCAUUGGGGCUGACUCUGGCCCACCUCAUGUUUGAUCCCCUGCCCUUCAAUGAAGCUGAGAACACCACCUCCUCAAAACUGGAACACCUCCUCUCUGUGAACCUUCGAGAGUUAAGCAUGUACUGCCUCAAGCAUUUCCCUCACGAGUCCCCCAUGAGGGUGCACGCUGUGGCCAGCAAGUACGUCUGCACUCAGCUGCAGGUGUCCCGGCGGCUGUGCUCCAUUCUGUGCUCUUCCCAAACUCUUGUUCCUACAGAGAAAAGUGAGAAGGGCUUCACUUUCAUAGAACAGCUAGAGGAUAGUGUGGCCAGCCGCCUGUUCACUCUGCUGGAGCGCUACCACUCCGCCACAGAGGCUGUGGCAUACCCUCUCCCCCAGGGCUACAACUCCUUCUUGGCCUACCUGGCCCACCGCUGCCUGCCACACUCUGUGUUCAUGCAGUAUGUGCGGAGGGGCGUUCUGCAGCUGAAUGUGGAUGUGCUCAGGGAGAUAGUUUAUGAUCUGGACGAUACACCCCAGAAUGUGGAGAAGAAACUAGAAAUAAUAUCAUCUGUUCCACUGGUGAGGAGUUUAAGGACUCUACAGUUUUGGCAACAUCCAAUGUCCCUCAUCUUACGCUCAAGACUCCACGCCGGGUCCAUCCUGGCCGGGGAGGGUCCUGGCCAGCCCCGCACCCCAACCCAGUCAGCCCGAAUCAAUGCUCAACAUCUUGAAGCCAAAGGACUGUCUGCCUUUCCAACCUCUGACAGGAUCUCACCAUAUGACACUUUCCUUGAUCUGCUUACAGCCAAAGCAAACUUGACUGAUUUGGACUUGGGGUUGUUGUACGAGGGGACCGUGGCCUCCUGUGAGUACAUCAAGCCUGAUCUUGGGAGUGAUGAUGUGAGCUCCAGACUGUGAGCUGCUCGAGUCUUCCUUGCUGCCUAUUAUGUUGUGCCAAAGACUAUAUUAACACACAGCUGCUAUGUCACAAAACUGCAAGCGUGAGCAAAUCAGUUACAUGUAAAUAUGACUUUAAAAUUGGAAAGAAACCAGUGACAGUUUAGUGGUAGCAUUGCUUACUGAAGCUUUAAAAUAUGUGUUCUAAUUAACCCGGUAGCUGCGGGGAACAUGUAUCUUUAAGGCCCCUCUAAGCGAAUUAAUGAGAAAAAAAAUCAUCACUCACGCAAAUCAUUUCAUAAUAUAUAGUACCAAUGCAUUUGUGAUCAGUUUGUGCAUCAUCUAUUUGGGGGGUUUGUAUCAUGGUAAAAAUUUGGUCCAUCGCUGGUACACGGUAAAGCCACAAAUUUGGCCCAUCGCUGUUACCGGGUUAAAGAUCAGAUAUAUUUAUAAUUCCAACUAGGUCUUUCUCUUCAGUAUUCACAUCAGCAAAACAAUGGAUGUAAUUUAGCUUCGUGCUUUGACCUUGGUUAUUGCAGGAAUUGACAUAUCAAUCCAUAAUAAUGAUGUGGCACUAAUGCUGCAGCAGAGCAACAAAACAAUAAUAUUCAUUUCGAUUCUCAUCUGAUACAUGUACAUAUACAGUUAGUGGCCAAGUCUAGCACCCAUCAAUUCAAAAUGUCUGUUGCCAGAGGCUUUAUGAAAAACUUAGAUAAUUGCUUCAUGCUUUAUUUCUGAGGUUUUUAUCACUUCCUAGGAGGGAAGCAUCUAUUCAUCUUUAUCUCCAGUGCCCUGUCCCUUCACGGAAACUUCCUACAAGGAAAUGGUUACAGCAGAAGCAUCUCCAAUAUUCCACAUUUGAUACACCCCCCUCUGCUGUUACACCCAUAGCAUAACCCUCCUACACAUUUUUACUACUUUCUUCAUCCCGUCUUGACACACCAAAUUCACCACUUAUGUAGCUCAAUUCCAAAGUGCAUAUUCACUAUUACUAUGCUACAUUCCUUGUCCAUAUCUCAUGUAUAUGACAUUUGGGUGGAUAAUGCUGUUUCUUAUUCUGUUACUUACCACUAUGCUCACACAACUUUUUAUCAAUCCAUAUUCUUUAUCCAGUGUUAAAGUCAGUGAACUUCACAACGUCAUAUUGAAACUAUUUGUUUAUAAUAAUUCAUGCACUAGAUCAAGUAGUGCUUGCAAACCAUCUUUCAAUGGUGUAGAGAAGGGGUCCUUUAUGAAAGCAUGCACCCUCUACUCUUCCCCAAAGGAGGCAAUGCAGCAUCCCAUAAGACUGCAUUCUCCUUGCCACAACAAUCAUAUAGAGGGCUUUUCUCAGUGGUUUUAGGGCGUUUCCACUGCAUUCUGAUAUUACUCUGAACAUUAGUCUAUACACACACAGUUUGAUAUGAAUCCCAUGUUUAUUUCAACGAUUAAAAGUUGGUAAUGCUUCCCUGGCACGAUGAGGACUAUUUCUGGAGUAACAUCAGUCUGACAUUGCCUGUAAUAAAAUGAGAUUUUGAGACAGUCCUUGGCAGGUCAAGGGAUCCUAGCUGUGGCUGAUAUUUCUGUCCUGGUAGGCACUAAUGGAUGGACUCAAUUUUGUCUUUGUUUAACAUCGGUCAUAUUAGUCAUAUACUGUGACUGGUUUGCCUCUAGUCUCUGCAGUAGAAUUAAGUUGGUGCUUUUUUUUUUAAUGUAAUUAUGUUUUUAAUAUAUUUCUCCAAAUGUUUGUUCUUAACUGUCUACUCAACUAGUGGUUUUCACAUCGUUAAUAUAUUAAUCUUUUAUGGUUUAGUUGAUAAACAGGUAUGUAGGGAUGUCACAGCUGGAACUGUGCAUCAAGGUAAGUGAGUCACCCUGGGCUGGCAUCACAAGGUUGGGAGUGUUGCUGAUGCACUGUGCAGCCCACCACACUUCAAAACACAGGGUUCACAUCUACUGCUGGCUCAGCAACCAAGGCAACAUGCGACUUAGCAAAUGUUUCUCACUCUCCAGAACCUUUUGCUUAUUACUUUAAAUUAAUUGAUAUGUGGUGUGCUAAGGCUUCAUAUUUACAAUAUAGAAUAUAUCAAUGAGAUGCUUUGUGUUUUAACUCAAAUAAAUAGAACCAGGCAGAAAAAUAUUAUUUUCAUGCUUGAUUACAAGGUGGUAUGACAGGACACUGAGUGAGAAUGAUCAUGCCAUCAAUGCAGGGUUUCGAAGCAGAUUUCCUAAGAUACUGUAUAUGUGCAAUAGUAGAGCUUGAAUUUUAAAAAUAUUUAUAUGUAUAUGUAAUAUUUGUAUUGGAUGUUAGCAUUCAGUGUCAUGAAAAUAAAUUUUGAA